UUAUUACCAUAGCAUGCGGAUAUUGACUUGGCCUAUCGGUUGCGCAUGCGCGGUGUGGGUUUGCGCGGCUAGCCUGAAUGCUCUCCGCUUCAGCUCGAGCGGCUGUUUAGAGAAACUCGCUAGCUGCCGGAAAUAUGGCGAACUAUAUACAGCGCUUUUUAGUCUCUACUCGCCUGACAUGUGCUUGUAAGAUUGUUACUUGAUAGUGCUGACCCAUUGUUGGAUAUUAGGCCACACGAAGGCCACUUUUUAUAUUUUAUACAUUUGUUUUUGUGUAUCUCGUUAGCUAUCAUGCUAACCCAUGACUAGCCAGUUGGCGACGUAGCAGCGGAUUUGAUGAGCUGUGCAGUAAGUGAAUUAGCACAGCUGUCAGGAAGCACCGGGUAUCCUCUGUGAAUUGUGUUGUGUUUGAACACUUUGACAACAUGGCUGGUGGCAUUACAGAGACAGGAGAGCCAUACUCCCCUUUUGUUGGCUUGGUGUACAUGUUCAACAUAAUCGUGGGCACUGGUGCUCUAACCAUGCCCAAAGCCUUCGCCACUGCUGGUUGGGUUGUAAGCCUGGCGCUCAUCUCCUUUUUGGCUUUCAUGAGUUACAUGACCACUACAUUUGUGAUCGAGGCCAUGGCUGCAGCCAACGCCCAGCUACGCUGGAAGAGGAGAGAGCAGGAAGAGAUCAAUAGCAGUGACUCUAGUUCUGACUACUCGGAUGAUGAGGAGGUCACCUGCAGGGGGCGGUCAAAUCCAGUGGAGACUCGACCGAUUCUCUCCGUUCAGCGUGCAGGGUCAGUGGAUCAUUUUGAUAUUGUGGAGAGAGUUGAGAUGGGACAAAUGGCCUCCCUGUUUUUCAAUAAAGUUGGCGUCAAUAUGUUCUACAUCUGCCUCAUUGUAUACCUGUAUGGAGACUUGGCCAUCUAUGCCGCUGCUGUGCCCGUGUCCUUGAUGGAAGUGGCCUGUGGCAAUCACUCCUGCAGCGCUGGGAGUAUAAAAUACAACGACACUGAGGCAUGCUGGGGGCCAGUGAGCCGGAAAGAUGCCUACAGAGUUUUUCUCGCAGUCUUCACACUACUACUGGGACCUUUCACAUUCUUCAAUGCACAGAAGACCAAAUACCUUCAGAUCCUCACCUCACUAAUGAGAUGGAUUGCUUUCACCAUGAUGAUAAUCCUGGCGCUGAUCCGCAUCUCAAAGGGCCACGGUGAGGGCCAUCCUCAGGUGGCGCAGCUCAGCGGAGUUCCCAACCUCUUUGGCGUAUGUGUGUACUCCUUCAUGUGCCAGCAUUCGCUGCCCUCUCUGAUAACGCCUAUCUCAGACAAACGGAGGGUGACCAUGCUGCUAACGGUGGAUUACGUGCUCAUCCUGGCCUUCUACAGUCUGCUUUCCUUUACAGCCAUCUUCUGCUUCGACAGCUCGCUGCUGCGAGACAUGUACACGCUAAACUUCACCGAUAACUGUGACGUGCUGGGUGUGGCCGCCCUCCGCUACUUUUUAGGACUAUUCCCCGUCUUCACCAUCAGCACGAACUUCCCUAUAAUCGCAGUCACGCUGCGCAACAACUGGAAGACGCUCUUCCAUCGAGAUGGAGGUACCUACCCAUGGGUAGUGGACCGCAUUGUGUUUCCCUUGAUUACCUUGGUGCCACCUAUUGUGGUGGCAUUUUGUACUCAUGAUCUAGAGUCUCUUGUAGGCAUCACUGGAGCUUACGCAGGCACAGGCAUUCAGUACAUCAUUCCUGCUGCCCUGGUGUUCUUUAGUCGGCGCCACCUAGAGCCUGUGUUUGGAAGGGAUGUGCAGAAUAAGCACAGGUCUCCAUUCCAUCACACAUUCUGGGUCAUAUUUGUGGUGAUCUGGGCGAUUUCUUGUCUGAUGUUUGUCACAGCUAAUAUCAUACUGACAGCAGAAAACAAGAACUAAGCCAUGCAUUUUACAUUUAUAAGUAUUUUCAGUAUAUUUUUUGUUUUAUACUGUAAUUAAAGCUGUACAGGUUUGUUACAUGAGUAAUCGCUCUCUUACACACUAAGAAGCAACUGGUUUUUGUUUAACUUGGUUGAAUAUGGAAAGGUAGCAAAAUUGGGUUUAAUUCAACAUAAAAAUGAAUACUUUUCUUGACGAGUCUGUGAGAGGACUCUUUAAAGUCUUUUUGGACUGUAGGUUAAUUUGAGCUUUAAUCUGCUUAAGACACUUAUUAAGUGGCAGUUCAAUUUGCACUGCAACAAUUUUCAGCUUUUACAAACCUCAGUCAGGCUUCUGACAUCAACACUAUUUUAUUUUUACUUUUAUUUUGAGGGACCUUUUUUUUUUUUUUUUCUGGUCACAAUUACAAACAAAAUGUUAGCUAUAAUAGUCAGGUUUAAAAAAAAUAAGAAUACUAAUCCUGACAAUUGGUCUCUCUCUCUCUCUCUCUCUCUCUCUCUCUCUCUCUCUCUCCCCCCCUCUCUGUUUUUUUCUGGGGUUUUUUUUCCCUUCCUUUUUUUUUAAACCAAAACGAAACAGCCACAUGCACCUUAGCAUGGGCCGAGAGCUGUGGCAGGAGCAAAGCAAAUCAGGGAUAAUUAGUCUUUCAUGGCUGGCAUUUUUAACAUUCCUAACUUGUGUGUCCUCAUGUGUCCUCACCGGUGAAUCACGAUUUGGGUUCUACAGCAUGGCUGAAGGAUUUACAGAGAGCUGCAGUUUAGUCUAGACCCCUCAAGCAGACUGCUGCAGGCAGUGAGACGCUUCCACGCUCGCACCAUGUUCAUUUAUUCUAAACACAACCUGGGGUUCCUGAUUGGAGCCUGCGUGGUUGGGUUUGGACAUGUAUACAGGACAUACAUAGAGUACUGAGAUAGCUGUCUGUUUAAAAGUACUGCACCUUAUGUCUUCAUGUUCACUGUGUGGCUUUAGUGUUUUAUCAUUGUACUCCUUGCUUGAAUAAACUUCCAAUCCAAAUGUAUAUAUGACAUCUUUUAAUCUUGCCUUGAACAAUUUUGUCUUGAUCAUGUUUUUUGUUUCACGUUUCAUAUUCACUAUUCGUCAAAUGUUUGGGGACAUCUUUCUUUUUUUUCUUGAGCAAUGUUUGUUUUUUACUAUCCUCAAACCCACCUCAGAACUGCAGGAGAGAUAGUUGGAGAGGAGAGGCUUCAGUCAGGCUUCUCUGAGAGGAGUUGGAUUAAAAGGUUUGAGGGCUGUAUCCAGUCAGCACUGCAGACCUCUGGAACAUAGUGAAAGAGGCACAACAGAGCAUUUCUUUCAAUGAAAUGGUCAGUCCUUACAUUUUUAAGUCAUUCCAUCCCCAAACAUUUGACAGGCAGUGGAAGUGGUACCUCAGGAUUCCAUCAGUUUCUGAGCUUGUGUGCAAUUAUGUGUCGUAGCUGUUAACACGUCACCAUUUCCUUACUUUGAUGUCACAUUUCUCGUUAAAUUUCUUUCCUGGGUUUUCUUCUAAAGCGCUUGAAGGUCUGAUCAUCGGGGACAUGUUUGGUAUUGUACAAUGACUGCUGCUCUCUGUGAGAGUGCUCUCCUGCUCAAAGAAAAGGCAAAGCAGCCUCAAAAGUGUGACUGCUGUCACCUGCUCGGGCUUUACACCCGUUGCCUUCAGCUCGUAUUUAUUCAGGCGAUGAUGAUUUUUGAAAUUGUCUCUGUGCAGUUCACCUUUUACAGUGAAGAGAAGCAGGGACAGACAGGUGUUUUAAUAUUGCCGUCCUGAUCGUGGACUUUCAGAACUAUCUUUGGAGUGCAAUAAAAAGGGAUUGCAGCUUAUAAUGCAAAUGUUCACGUAUAAGUAAAUAUUUAAUUAACAAAUGAAGUUCAUUAACAGACAUGAUGUUUAAUGCAAAGCAUAAAACAUUGAAGUGAAUAAAAAUGUGCCUUUCUCCCAGGGUUUUUGUCUUUAUAGGGAUAUUGUGUGUCUUUGUGUCCUAUAAAUCCUGUCAGAUAACCUGCAUGUAAACUACUUCAUGUAAUAGACAAUCAGUGUCUCUACUAAAUAAACUUCUUAAUUCCUUCUUUGGAAA